CCCGCCGGCACCGCCGCCCUGCCAUGCGCCGCGGCCCGGCGCCAGCCUCCGCCGGCGGGAGCCGUCCCGGCAGCAGCAGCAGCAGCAGCAGCGCGGCGGCGGGCGAGCGCUGAGCCGCGGCCCCGCAGGGCGCGGAUGUUCGCGGGCUGCCCGCGCCGGGAGCUCUCGCUGCGCUGACGGGGCGGGCCCGGCGCCCCGCUCGCCGCAGCGCCCCGCGCCCGCCCCCGGGCUCCCCGCAGCGCCGCCGCUCCCGGCCGCGCUUCCGCCCGCGCCAUGGCGGGGAAGGCGGCCGCGGCCGGCGCCGGGGUGCUCCUGGUCACCGCCAACGUCGGGUCCCUCUUCGACGACCCAGAAAAUUUACAGAAGAAUUGGCUUCGGGAAUUUUAUCAGGUUGUCCAUGCACACAAACCCCAUUUCAUGGCUUUACACUGUCAAGAAUUCGGAGGGAAAAACUACGAAGCUUCAAUGUCUCACGUGGACAAGUUCGUGAAAGAACUGUUAUCAAGUGAUGCAAUGAAAGACUACAAUAGAGCUCGAGUUUACCUGGAUGAGAACUAUAAAUCACAGGAACAUUUCACGGCUCUAGGAAGUUUUUACUUUCUUCAUGAAUCUUUGAAAAACAUCUACCAGUUUGAUUUUAAAGCUAAGAAGUAUAAAAAGGUUACUGGGAAAGAAAUCUACUCUGACACUUUAGAAAGCACACCCAUGCUGGAAAAAGAGAAGUUUCCACAGGAUUAUUUCCCUGAGUGCAAGUGGUCCAGAAAAGGUUUCAUUCGAACAAGGUGGUGUAUUACUGAUUGUGCCUUUGACUUGGUAAACAUUCAUCUUUUCCAUGAUGCUUCCAAUUUAAUUGCUUGGGAAACAAGCCCAUCGGUUUACUCAGGAAUACGGCAUAAGGCUCUUGGCUAUGUACUUGAUAGAAUUAUUGAUCAGCGAUUUGAGAAAGUUUCAUAUUUUGUGUUUGGAGAUUUCAACUUCAGACUGGAUGCCAAAGCAGUAGUAGAGACACUAUGUGCAAAGGCCACAAUGCAGACCAUCCGGGCAGCUGACACAAAUGAAGUAGUCAAGCUAAUAUUUCGUGAAUCUGAUAAUGACCGAAAGGUUAUGCUGCAAUUAGAAAAGAAGCUCUUUGACUAUUUUAAUCAAGAUGUAUUUAGAGACAACAAUGGCACUGCGCUUUUAGAAUUUGACAGAGAGCUGUCAGUCUUUAAAGACAGAUUGUAUGAACUGGACAUCUCAUUUCCUCCCAGUUAUCCCUACAGCGAGGACUCUAGCCAGGGAAGGCAGUACAUGAACACGAGAUGUCCAGCCUGGUGCGACAGAAUCCUGAUGUCCCACUCAGCCAAGGAGCUCAUUCUGAAAUCAGAAAAUGAUGAGAAGAUAGUAAUAUAUGACCACAUUGGGCCAAAUGUCUGCAUGGGGGAUCACAAGCCUGUGUUCCUGUCCUUUCGAAUAGCUGCUGGGGCAGGUAAACCUAUUGCAAAUGUGCACAAGUGUUGUGUCGUGCAGUGAUGUGGUGGAAAAAGAUGCCUACGAAGUGAGAAGAUUUUCCGUGAAACCACACUGUAGCCAGGAGGGAAGGCAGCACACUGAAAUCUGUAAUCCUAACAGCUGUAUUGAUAAAUCCAGUCCUGAGUGCCACAUUUUUAGACUGCUGAUCGUACACUAUGCUUCAGCAUCUGGACUCUGUUCAAGAGACGCCUCACAUACCUCACUGUCUUGUAUGUUCAUGUGACAUCAAGUAGAAAUGUGGAAUUAUUUUUUAUAUAUAUGUCACAGUUCUGUUGCCAAAACUCUAAAUAGACAGCAGAGAUAUUCUGUAUUCUAGAUUUCACAACUUUCAACUUUUAUUAAGUGUUUGUCAAUGUGGAAAAGCUAUUUCAGCAUAUUAUAAAGUUUGAAAGGUAUCAUACCCAUUAUAUAUCUUUACCACUUUGGGAUUUUGUACAUUGGAUUGUAUAGAUAGAAAUAUUGAUGGUUUUAAAUGGUAUUUUCUUUUUUGACCAAGGCUUAUGGUUUGUGUUUUAGUUUUAGUAUUUUGGUUUUUCAUUUUUUAAUUUUUUUUCUCAUUUUAUUUACUAUACUGCCAUGUUACAUGGUUUUGAAUCACACAGCAGCUGCUUUCUAUACAUACAUAUAUAUGUGUGUGUAUAUAUAUGUAUGUAUGUGUAUAUAUACACAGAUAUAUAAAUAAUUUAUAAACCUGACCAAAACUUAUGCUAAAUAUACUUUCCAAUAUGAAUGCUUGAGAGUGCCAUAUCAGCAGUAAGUAUUGGAGUCUUAGCAGGUUUAGUUAAAUGUACAUCAACAACCAACAUUUAUAUAAAAAAUAAUAUAUAGCAGUGCCAUCCUGGAUACAGAUAUAUAGCAUACUAUAUAGCACAUAUAUUAGCAGUUUCACUUUGUUACUCCUAUAAUCUCUUCUUUCUAUGUAAUAUUAAGGAUUGAAUGUGAAGUUCUUAGCUAGGUUUGGGUGUAACUUUCCAGAAUUUUGUAAACUGUUUUUGUCCGUCUUUUGUUACUGUUUUAUGGUGCCAUAUUCUAUAUUGAAACAAUAACAACACGGGAGAAGAAAAUAAUUGUCUGCUUCAAGUAGCAACUGUAUUGGACACAGACUGUAUUUAUACAGUAUUAAAGAAAAAAGAAGAAAAAAAAGAAAAAAACAAAACAAAAUACCAACCAUCAACCCAACUGUAAAUUUUCCUGGUUAGUAGCUCAGUGCAGCCUACAAUAUAGUCUUGUUACAGACAUUUUCCUCCCACCACUAAAUACAACAUUAAAAGGUGAUUAGGGAGUCUGUUGAUGAAACACAAAUGUAUGUUUUAUUGAUUUAAUUUAGAACACUACAGAGUUCAUGGACUGCGCAAUGGCAUUAGAUUGAUGCUUGAUUUUGGUAUAAAUCACUACCAUUGGAAAUGAUUUGAUGUCCGCUUGCAGAGUUUUCUCAACAGUACAGCCCAGUUUAUAGCAAGUAUUGUUGCCCAAAGGGUGUCUGCAGCUCUGUAUUGUUACUGUGCCAUGUUGCAUUAUAACCACACAGUAAUUCUAUUUAAGCGAACUCAACUCAUGAUAACUGAAGGCCUUUAGAAAUGAGUACUCUGGUUCUCAAGCAAUAAAACUAAUCAUGGUGAA